GCUAAAAUCAAUUUGAAAUUAUACUAUUAAUGUUUGUCAUGCGAUCUCCAUUUUGUAAAAUUAUACUACUAAAUCAAUUUUGAAAUUGAUGUCUCUAAAGCCUUACCUGCUAAAAUCUGGAUUGCAAACGGAGAUGAUGGUUUUUUCCAGGCUGUUCAAUAUGAAAACUGACCUACUUAUUGCAGGUCAUGUUACAGUUUCGGCCACUCUACUUGUGCUAUGAAUGGUAAAAGAACAAUUUCAAUCCCCUUUCACGAUGAGGCCAAAAAAUUGUGGGAUUACCUUGAAAAACGAUUUAGUGAAGUGAAUGGACCUAGGUUGCAGCAGCUUAGGGCUUCGAUUACUGCGUGUAAGCAAACGAAAUCCAUGACGGUGGAUGAAUAUUACACCACUUUUAUGUCUCUGUAUAGACUGAAGCCUCUCCAUGUCUGCAAGUGCGGCAACUGUAGGUGUGAUGUUGUCGGGAAGUUUUCGGCAGACAGGGAAGAAGAGCAGCUGCAUCAAUUUCUAACUGGUAUUGACGAUGACGUCUAUGGAACUGUGAGAUCGAACCUGCUGUCUCAAACCCCUGUGCCAGACCUGGAUCAAAGUUUCUUGCAGGAGGAACGUUAACGGGCUGUGGCUCGUGGCAAGCAGGUCGCAGGAGAUACUCACGCUUUUGCUCUUCAGGUGGAGCGCCCUAAAGGUCGUGUUGAUAAAGCAGACCGCCAGAAGCUCACCUGUACACAUUGUAAGCAAAAGGGCCACGAAGUUAGCGCUUGUUUUAAGCUCCACGGAUACCCGGAAUGGUGGGAGGAACGUAACCGUAACAAAGGCUCUACACCUGGACGUGGAGGGGGGGGGGGGGGGGGGGGGGGGUACGCAUUCAUGCGGUUUCCUCAACGUUGGCUUCUUCCAGUGAGCAUGGUGCGCAGCCUACUCCAGUCAUGAAUGGUCUGUCAGGUUUGAAUAAAGAACAUGUUCAAGCUAUACUCAAUAUACUCCAUGCCGAGACUAGUUCCAGUGAGCGGAUGACGGGUAAGAAUUGUAAUUUUGAAUGGAUACUUGAUACUGGUGCAUCUCAACACGUCACCGGUGAACAAUCUCAUCUUAUCGAAGUUACUCCCAUUCAUUCUUGUUCGGUUGGAUUACCUGAUGGCAGAACUACACAUGCUACCAUGAAGGGUCGUGUGAAAAUUUCUGAAUUUAUCACGCUUGAUCAUGUCUUAUAUGUGUCGGGACUUGAUUGCCAUUUGAUUUCUGUAUCACAAUUAGUUGAUCAAUCAAAUUGCAUUGUUACUUUCACUGAUUCAAUUUAUGCUAUACAGGACCUACACUCGAGGAACCUGAUUGAAGCAGGUGAACGGCGAGAUGGACUUUUCUAUUUCCGUGGAUUUUCUGCGUUGCAUGCAAUCACUGUGGGAUGUUUGCCUGAUUAUGAAAUGUGGCAUCGUCAUCUGGAGCAUCCAUCAGAUCGCGUACUUAAAUUACUUCCUGCUAUUAGAACUAGUUCUACUCCUAAAAAAUUGAAUAGAGUUUGUGAGGUGUGUCCACAAGCCAAGCAAGUUCAUGAUCCUUAUCCUCUUAGUGAGAAUAAAGCUAGUAAUGUUUUUGAUUUGAUGGGGGCCUUACAAAACACCUUCCACAUGUCAUGUUGUGUAUUUUCUGACACUUGUUGAUGACUUUUCCCGGGCUAUCUGGAUAUAUUUGAUGCAUGAUAAAACGGAAGUUUACAAAAGUUU